UGGAGAUUGGUCACACCGACGGCCACAUCAAAUCUGGGGGUCUAGCGUGUGACCCUGUUAUUUCUAUCCUAUAAUAAAAUAGCUGUGUAAUUCUUGUUAAGUUCUGCUUUGUCGAAAUACAAAUAUAGUAAAUUAUAGUGUUAUUUAUGUGUAAAAUAUGGAACGUGCAACUGGAACUGAGGUGUUCGGGUGUGGCUCGACCCAAUCCUCGGACAUAACGCUAAAUAUACAAACGACGACUGGUGGUAAUUUCUCCAUUAGCGUGAACUGUAAAAAUUCAGUGGAGUAUUUGAAGAAACUUGUUUCGAGGAAAUUGAAAGUGUCUAAGGAUCGAAUAUGCUUGCUACAUCGUGAAAGACAACUGAUAGACGGAACAUUGGAAGAAAACGGCUUGUUAGAUGGAUCACGCAUUACUUUACUUCCGAGUAUCGAGACGGGGCUUCUGAGCCAGAGAUCAGAGAACUCAGUGAUGCAAGCAUUGGAAACCUUAAAUGAUAAUCAAGUGAAUGACUUUCUAAGUGGCAGGUCACCUUUAAAUCUUACCAUGAGACUAGGAGACCACAUGAUGUUAAUCCAGCUACAGUUGUCCACCCUGAAUUCUGGUGCAGCCAGUGCUAGCCGCUCAUUGAGGACAUCAACACCUACUAAAAGUACUACACACACAAAAACUGAGAGUGAGCCAGCAGGCCCCCAGACAGCCCUACCCAAAACACAAAAUGAAAUAAAUCCUGUAAAUGAUGAUAAACACAAAGAAGAGUUACAUGGGCUAGAAAAACAGGAUUUAGAUUUGUUACAGAAUGCAUUUGACUUAUAUAGGUCAAUGGCUGAAGAGAAAUAUGCUGAGAAAAUUGAUGCAAACAAAGAAGAUGCAUUGAACUCUUCAAAUUGCACAUUGUCUGACUUGACUGAUACUUCUGUGGAGAGUGAACAGUCUCCUAUAAAGUCCCUAUCUAAUUUGGUAUCUAGUCCUAUACACGCUACCUCUGAGAACAGAGAUGCAAAAGCAAUAGCAAACUCUGUGAAAAGUAGCUUGUUAGACUUAUUAUCGAAUAAAUCGGCCAAUGACAUGCCAUCAACUAGUGCAUGUGAUAAGCCUUGCACAUCCACAGCACAUACAGACAGUUCGAUGAGUGAUGAUAGUGAUAAUUUUACUGAGCAAAGUUCGUUCUUGACUGAAAAUACUAUAGAUGAAUAUCCAAUGGAGAAUUUGUUCAAUAGUGCAGUUGACAAAGGGCUGUUCACAGAGCAGGAUGAGACAAUGAUGGACCGUGAAAUAUCCAACUUGGCCACUACUAGUCAUGGCACUCAAGAGUCAACUUCAGGCCCAUUACCAUCCUUCCAAAGCAUAAAUGAACCAUUAAAAAAUAAACGAUUCCAAUAUUUGUUACACAAAACAUCCAAGUUUAAGCAUCCUAUUGGCCAAAAUAAGCAAAAAGCUUUCAUGCAGGUUGCCAAUAAGAAUAAAAAAAGUGUUCAAACUGAUACAUCGUUCCCACAACCGUCUACCUCAAAAGUGGAGCCCUCCACACCUAAAAAGACUGCAACUGGUAGUCAAACAGAUAUUUAUGCGAUACCAUCAACUUCUAAGCAAACACCUACUUCCACAGAAGAAGGUCCAGUUAUAGACACCAAGGCUCUAAAGGAAGCAUCUAGAAGUCUCACACAGAAGUUAAGGAAGUUAUCAAAGGAAGUGCUGACAAAGAAAAUUGAUCUCAAGACAUUGGAACAAUCAGUGCGGUCAAAGAUUAGUCCUGGAGCAGUGAUUGAGUCGAUGAAACAUCAUGGCAGAGGUAUUUACUCAGGAACAUUUUCGGGGACCCUCAACCCUGCUCUUCAAGACAGGUAA